GGAACCAAUUCAAUAUUAUUGCUUCUUAAAUAGCGAAGGAACUCGCUCUCUCGGACACCGGCAAGCAGCAGCAAACAAGCACCAUAUAUAGUUAUCUGGUUUUACUCUGAGUCCUGCUACUGCUACCCGCAACUCCUUUUACUUCUUCAAUGGCACCAAUCGUGUUAAAGAAUCUAAACAAGACUGAUAUCGAGAAACGAAUGACCCUCCCGAGCAAGUCCCUCAAGUCUUUCCCUCCUUUAAGCGGCGAUAAGCAUAUGGUGGAUUUUCAUGUGAUAGAAGAGUGCGGCCGUGUUUGGAAGUUCCGAAUCCACACUCGUAAAAACGACAGAAAGUACCGGAAGCCGGUUCUUACCAAGGGAUGGCUAGAGUUCGUACGCAGCAAACAGCUUUGUAUCGGCGACAGAGUUGGGUUUUACAUGGAGAAAAAAGAAGCUGGUAGUGUUGAGUAUCGUGUCAAAGUGGAGAAAAGAGUUAAAAUAUUUGAUAAUUUAGGCGACGGUGUGGAAACUUCUGGAAUGGGUUCCAAUCGUUCUGGUAUUUUUGGCUCAACGCUUAGCCGUGUUCCCCUUCCCCCUGUAAGUACGCCUUCUGAGUUCAAAAGUUCUGCAAAUGAAGAGGUGCGCAAGAUGGUAGUGAAAAUGGAGGCCAUGGAGGAAAAAAAUUUCCGUAUGGAAAACCACAUAGCUAGAUUGACUUCGAACUUGGAAAAGCUUCUCCACAAGAUUGUUGGAUCCUCAAAUAUUUUGGGUUCUGAUUCUUCUGAAUAGCAUUUUCGCGAGGAGGAAGACCCGGAAGAGGAUGAUGCUUAAUGGAGUUUACCCACCAUUUUCGUUGUACGUGGCAUUAUGCUGAUUCAAAUUGGUAGUGUUGUUAUGUUGAACUUCUGAAAACACGAACCAUUGAAGGAAUGAGGUUAUUAAGCGAAGCGUUAUCAUUUGUAUGAAUGUAUAGGAAACUAUUAAGCAAAUACAUGAUCGAUACAUUAUAACAAAGUUGAUGAAUCCAUGGAGUGUAUUGUAAAAUGGAACGUUGUUAUUCUUAAUGGAAUUGUCCGUCUAGUUCAGUUGGUAGAGCGCAAGGCUCUUAACCUUGUGGU